UACAUUCUAUCACCAGUAUCAACGCUUUGUAAUGGCCAAGCAUGCUCAAUGGGAUCAUUACUUUUGGCCGCAGGGAAACGUUAUACACUUCCAAAUUCCACUAUAAUGAUACAUCAACCAAUAGGUGGAGCCUCAGGUCAAGCAACUGAUAUUGCUAUUCAUGCUAAAGAAAUAUUAAGAGUUAGGGAAAGAUUAAAUAAAAUUUAUAAGAAACAUUGUAAUAAACAUACAUUAGAGGAAAUUG